CUUGACUCGGCUCACCGUACACCAAACGCAGCCCCACGUUUUUUUUUGCAAACCAAGAAAACACUGAACACAACCAUAUCUCUCCUCCUCCCCUCGUUUUCUUCUUCGAAUAUCCUCAAUUGCUUCUUCAAUGCUGGAAACAUCUCCCUACAACUCUGCCGGUAUUGGACGGUAGUACAUUAUUACACUUUUGCUCUUCAUUUGUUAUUGACGUCACUGUCAGCCUCAUCAGCCUUGCUCCAACAUGAAGUUUGCUAAAGAGCUCGAUCAAGAUCUUGUACCAGGUAGCACCCCCUGCAGCGUUUGGAAUCUGCGAAUAAUAAUGCUGAUGUAUAUUCAGAAUGGCGAAUCAAAUAUCUCGACUACAAGGCUGGGAAGAAACGCGUCAAGGCUGUUGCUCGAGCAUUCAAUCGCAUGAAUGCCACACCUCGUACACCUGCACAACCUAAUAUCAAUCCUUUACAACGAAGCACUAGUAUCUAUGGCUCGACGUUACCAGCAACACCACGACCUAAACUUCCUUCCUCCAAAUUACGAUCAGAGGAUGGCCCAGCGACUUCUCUACGAACAUCCCCCGCCCCCUUGGGCGCAGACUCGAGGCCGGAGUCUGAUACCUCGGAGGAAGAACCACCAUACAUCCAUCCCACGAAGACCCCUCCUAUGGCGAUACCUGCGAAGAAUCAACCAUUGGGUCAAGAUAAUGGAAAGUAUGGGAGCUUUAUUCCUACCCCUCCUUCGAAAGUCGCCCGCCCAUUCGAGCUUCCGGGACCUGCCCUUACACCAGAACCUUCUGCACAAAGUCAACCAGAAGGGUUGAGUGCAAUCCCCGACAUAAGACCAAGUGUCAGUAGGCUACCCUCCGGCAGGAGUGCUUCAAUGGCUGUACCACAACAUGCAUACGAGAUUGGACGAACUCUAAGUCCUCGGAGUAGGAAUGGGACGUUCAACAACCUUCGUAAUCGGAUUCAACAGCGUGAGGGUGCACCUUUCAUGCGAAGGAUGUUUUCGGUCGGAACACCUCUUACGCCAUCUGAAUCGCAUAGAUUGGACAUUGACAUGGUGGCUGUGGAUCAACUGAGACAGCGGCAAAAGGAGUUCUUUCAGUGGAUGGACGGAGAGCUGGACAAAGUGGAGACUUUCUACAAGUCCAAGGAAGAUGAGGCUGGAGAGAGAUUGAAGGUUUUGCGAGAACAGCUUCAUGUGAUGCGUAAUAGAAGAAUCGAGGAAGUCGCAGCAGCUCAGCAUGCUAGGAGUGUUCGAAAGGAGGACGAGCGACACCUUUUUCUUCAUGAUGAGCACUCGAACGGGCUUGCGAAGAAAGAUGAUGAUUAUCGUCCUAGUUCUAGAGACCAUUUGACUGCUUGGCUUGAUCCUUUCGAGAGGGCCGUCGGACACGCCAAAGCCAAACUUACCGCGCCUCGCCCUGGCUCAAAUUCCAAGGCAUUGCAGAACAUGAAAGCAUCUCCACAUUUGCAAUCCCAGAUCCAGCAAGCUAGACCUCGACAUGUCGAGGAAGGUCGCGACUAUGUUCGUCGACCUCAUUACAGCGAUGAAAUACCCUACCGGACGGCGAAGAGAAAACUCAAACUUGCUCUUCAAGAGUUCUAUCGAGGGAUGGAGCUACUCAAAUCUUAUGCACUGCUCAAUCGUACUGCCUUUCGGAAAAUCAACAAGAAAUACGACAAGGCAGUUGAUGCUCAUCCUCCUUUGCGGUAUAUGUCGGACAAAGUCAACAAAUCUUGGUUCGUGCAAAGUGAUGUGCUUGAUAGUCAUCUGCAUGCGGUAGAGGAUCUGUACGCUCGAUACUUUGAACGAGGCAACCACAAGAUUGCUGUAGGCAAGCUCAGAACUUCUCUGGGCAGGUCCGCUGAUCAAUCGUUGAACGCAUUUCAAAAUGGAUUAUUGAUUGGUACUGGCGCAGUCUUUGCCAUACAGGGUGUCAUCUAUGGUGCUCAGCUUCUCCAUGAUGACGAUCCUAUAAUUCAAGUCCAGACUGCCUACCUGAUGCAGAUAUAUGCCGGUUAUUUUCUUGCUCUUUAUUUGUUUGCAUGGUUCUGUUUGGACUGCAGCAUCUGGACUCGAAACAAGAUCAACUACCAGUUUGUGUUUGAAUUUGACCCCAGACAUCAACUGGACUGGCGACAGUUGGCUUCUUUUCCAUCUUUUCUGAUCUUAGUCUUAGGUCUUUUUGUUUGGUUGAACUUCUCUCGUUAUGGUGCGCCGGAGAUGUACAUAUAUUAUCCGGUGAUACUGAUUUUUGCUACCGCUGUUUUAAUUUUCCUGCCAGCUCCGAUCUUCUUUCAUAGAAGUAGAGAAUGGUUUGCAUAUGCACAUGUAAGUUAACGAUAAUAAGAGUGUGUAUCUAUACUGACAUUAAUAGUG